UCCGCACUGCGCAGAAGGAUAGGAACUCACCACCGGAUAUAAAAUGUAGACACCGAUGGGACUAACCGUCGUCGAGGUCGUGCGUGUCGUACAUCUCCAGUUCCUGCUGCAGAUCGGGGUACCGGUACAGCUUGUUGGGUGGGAGGCUGGGUGAGGGCGCGAUGGCGGGGUCGGUGACGUUGACCAUGGGUGUGGGGCUGCCGAAGACGCCUGGUGGACCAUUCUGCCGAGUCAGUCGGUUCAUUCUUGAACGCACACGGAUGGAAAUGGGGCGAUUUGGUCGGUCUGUGCGAUGUGAUGUGCUCGCUCACCUGUGGACGCUUGGUGAAUCUGACGCUGGUGUCAUGGCUGCCACGGUUGAGGUCGAGCAGCCGCCAGAAGAAGGGGUCCUCCUGGCCCUGGCGGCACACGUGGAUAUCGAUACCUGACGGAGCCACCCACACAGCUGGUUGGUGGGGUGGGUGAGUGGGUGAGCAUAGGAUACUGACUGACGUACUCGGGAUGCCCUCGAAUCGGCUGAUGUGUGUCUUGAAGUGUCUGACCUCCUCCUUGGCGGCAUCAACAUUGGGACACUCAGCCCCCACCCACACCACCAUCUGCACACAAGACAACCCAACCCAACCCAACCUUGGCGCCCGUCUGAUAGUACCGUACCUGAUUUCCCCUGAGAAUGACGAACACGAACCUGGGAUCCAAGGCGUGCACUGGCUGCAUCCGUGCUGACGCAGGGGAGGUUGGCCGCCAGUGGGGAGGGCCUCGUUGACGACUGCAGAGUGGCGGAACUACUGUGGACCAGAUGACCUGCAGGCAGCGGCUGCGGGACGCCCUGCCGACGCUCAUUCUGCUGAUGCUGAGCCUCCUGCUGUGUCAGAUCUGAUGGGCAAGGGACGCUAACCACCGGGCUGUAGACCGGCAGAGGGAGGCGCACAGAUAGCGUCACGAAUUGAUCCCAAGCCACGCACCGGCGGAAUGCGGCUUGGCUCCCGCGUCUCAGUCGCGGCAGCUUCCAGCUCAGGUGAUUCCAUAGCGUCUUGUCCGGUCCCAUGAAGGCCAGCUGCAGGCAUCGACACAUACACACAGAUGUGUCCAUCUCUCCGUCUCUCUCGCUGUCUGUUGGUCUGCCAGCUCUCGGGAGGGAGGGUGGAGCUAUUGGCUCGGGCGGAAGUGUGUGGGGUCUCGGUGGAGGGGGCGAGGUCGUCUUGGUCUGAGUGGAGGCGGUCUUGACCUGCCGUGGGAGGGACAACGAGCCCUUCCGUAGAAUGCUCCUGCACACACAGACACAGACACAGCCGGCUUGCGUGUGCAGAUGAGGGAGGGGUCGACGGGCUUUCUGUCCGCUCACUGUUUGUGGAGUGGGUUGCCUGGCAGCGGGCGGUAUCGGUCUAGCCGGAAGAGUGUGUGGGCCUCGCUGCCUGGCGGGGGCCCCGUCUCCUUCGGCCCCACCCAACGCUCCUGGAAGAAGGGGAUCUCCAGCAUCUGCACCGGCAGACACAGAGACAGACACACAUACAAACAAAUAUGUACGUGCAUGAGCUGCUGCGACGGAGACGGCCGGGAGAAUGCGUCGGGCUGUAGGCAGUCGAUCAUGACGGUCCGCAAAUCGUCCGGCAGGUAGAUGCCCUUGUCGUGGAAGUGCAUCACCGCCAUCCAGUUCACGUAGUUGGUGACGCCCUGCUUGGUCGAGAAGGUCUCCACAUACUGGUGAAUGACCAACCACACAGACAUUCACCAAAUCCCACUGUGUGUGUGUGUGUGUGUCGGUGACCUACCUUUCUCGCGUAGCAUUCCAGAUGGCGUCUUUCCGAAGACAGUGAAGUGGAGGAAAGCCCCUACGAUUGAUGUCAACACAGCCAGACAGACAAAAACAAACGGACACACAUUUAUUUGUCUAAGCGCUUCUCUCUUCUUCUGCUGUGUCCGUCUUGUGUCCCAUAUAUACCAAAUGCAAAUGAGUCGACUUGUUUGCCGUAGAGCUGGCCCUCCUCCCACCUCAGCACUUCCAUCGGUGCGUACUCG